GUGGGGGCAUCAAAAGGGGCUGUCGUAUAGUUGGUAAUGUGAAUAAAGAAGCUGGCAAUACAACUUAAUGUAGGACAACUCCAUAACUCAAUCAUCAACCCAUCUGAAAUAGAUAAUGCAACCCAAUCAUUUCCUCAAAUAUACCUUAUUAUACUCUUGACUAUGAUUGACACAAUAACUUAUAAAUUUUUCUAAUAAAUUUGUUGUCAAACAAAAUCAAGAACAUCAUAAAGGAAGUCACGUUGUGAGAUUCUCAUUAGUUGUUUCGCUGGAGGCGUUGAAACGGCCGCCCUCUUAACAGCUCACUUUGUUUCACAUUCCUCACCAUCUUGAAGAAUAUUCUACUUAGCUUAUUAUAUAAGUCUCUGUCUCUCUAUCUCACAAAAAAAUAUUCAAGCAUCGGCAGAUAGAAAAUGGCAUCUCUCUUCGAGAAGGCAACUUCUGCUAUUAACGAAGCCAAAGAAUCCGUUACAGCCAAUGUUGAAUCCAUCGGUGCCUCUCUAACCGAUGCUCAGAAAACCGUGGCGGCCUCCACUGAGACCGUCACGACCUCUCUAACCAGUGCUGAAGAAACCGCUGCAGCCUCCGUGGAAACCGUCAAAAGGUCUCUAACCGAUGCUGGAGAAACCGUUUCAGCUUCCACUGAAACGGUCAAGAGUGAAGCCGCAGCAGCACCAGAGAAUGUGUCAACACAGGUAAAAGAUGUAGUGGACAAAGCUUUCGCAACAGGUAUAGAAGGAGCCAAAUCUUUACUUCAUGUUUUUGAGGAGAAGAAGACUGAUAUUUCCUCCAAGAUCGUUGACGCUGCUAGCAAGGCUGUUGCUGGCGCAUCGAGCAGCACCACCGUUGCAAGCCGAGACGUUUCCACAUCCACGGACAAUCAGCCUUUGUUAGCUAGUGAGCGUGGAGCUGAGACUACACCGUGGUGGAAAAAUUGUUGUGGAGUUCUUGAUCUUCUCAAGACAUCUACUACAAAAUGAAAUGUCAGAAAGAGGAUAAACUAAUGAAUUUCACCAUGAAUGAAGAACAUAGCACUAUGAGAAAGAACCUAUCCCAAAACAACUUUUGAUUAUGUAUUUGCUUUCCUUUCUUUUAUUUUGAAUUGUUAUUGUGUCUAUCUUAAUUUUCUUUGUUUUUUUUUUCUGUUGAUAUUCCUCUUGAGUUUUGAUUGAUUCCAACAAGUUGUGUACAAGCCAAUAAACCCAAGAAAUGUAUUUCCUUUGUGAUGAGUGACGGAUUCUAAAGAACUUCUAAAAGCUAAACAAACACUCACAAUGAGUUUC